AACGACACUAUACUCGAGCUGUAACUUAAACUCUCCGCAUCAGCUUAAGCGAAUUUAAAAAUAAUAAUAUUUUUAUUUUUUUUUUUAUGAUCAUCAUCGCAAGAUCUAAAAAAGAUACAUUUUUUUGUCAAAACGUUAAUAAAGGUAUCUACGAUUUAAAUUUCUAAUCCAGUUAAGUUCAAUUAACGAGUUGGUGUGGUCGCAAAUAUUUGUACAAGACUUUAAGGAUAAUAAUAUAUGAUUCCCGUUGAGUGGUGUCGAGUGGAAAAUUAUUUUUAAUUAAAUAAAACUUUCUGAUUUUUUAUCAGAAGCAAAAAAAAAAAAAGAUUGAAUUAGAAUAUUAAUUAAACUUUUGUGGUAUACUUAAGAGGUAUCUAAUAAUUCCCUUUAUCAUUCAAUAAAAGUGAAAAAUGGAGAAAAGUGAAUCCCAAAUUGAAAAAAAACCACAGAAAUGGGGUGCUCUACUGACAUUGGUUGCAUAUGCCACAACAAUUGGUGCUUCUGUUCCAAUCGGAUAUUGCCUUGGAUGUGUUAAUAGUCCAGCAUUGUUUAUCAAAAGUUGGGCAAAUGUAACGCUUAUUGAAAGAUACGACUGGCAUUUAUCACAAAGCGAAAUAGAUGUCCUCUGGGCUUCAAUUGUAUCAAUUCUCUUACUUGGAGGAAUGAUUGGUUCACUUUGUGGAGCUUGGGUUUCUGAUAAAUUUGGAAGAAAAGGAGCAAUUUUAAUAGCUGGCGCACUUCUACUAAUCUCUGCAUUUAUGUUUAACUUCUGUCGAGAGGCUAAAUCCGUCGAACUUCUAUUAAUUGGUCGCUUUUUAGUUGGUAUUUCAUCAGGCAUAACCUACACUGCUUUGCCUAUUUAUCUGCUAGAAAUAGCUCCACCCCAUUUACGUGAAACUUUGGGCGUCUUUUGUGCUGUUGGCGUUACAGCAGGCAUAGUUGUUGGACAAUUCUUUAGUUUACAUAUCGUCUUUGGAAAUGAGCUAUUAUGGCACUAUGCUCAAAGUGCAUAUGGAGCUUUAGUUGUUAUUUGCUAUCUUCCAUCGGCUUACUUCCCAGAAAGUCCAAAAUGGCUUUAUCUGAUUAAAGACGAUGCCAAAGGAGCUCGCAGUAGCCUUAACCGAUUGCGUGAAAACGAUGAAGCUCAAGUCAAUGCUGAAAUGCUUGAUCUUGAAGCUGAAGCUAAUACCAAGGUUGAGAAGAGUAGUUUAUGGUCGGUGAUAUCGAAUCCAGCUAUGACAUUGCCACUUUUUGUUAUAUGCAUCUAUCAAGCUGGUCAACAGUUGUCGGGAAUCAAUUCGAUUUUCUUCUAUUCAGUGCCGAUAUUUAUGAAAGCUGGAUUAUCAGCUAACAAUGCUGAAUUGGCCAACCUUGGAGCUGGAUGUAUGAAUUUGGCAGUUUCACUUUUGGGACCAAUUCUAAUGGCUAAGUUCAACAGAAGACCAAUGAUGUUAAUUUCAAGCUCUUUUUGUUCAUUCUUUUUGAUAGCCAUAGCUACAUCUCUUUAUUUCAUUGAUGCCGCACCAUGGGUAGCUUUGGCCUGUAUUGGUUGCAUUUUUGUUUUUAUAUUUUUCUUCCAAUUUGGACUUGGUCCAAUGCCAUAUUUUAUUGGAGCAGAACUAGUUGAAGUAUCUCCACGACCAGUGGCCAUGUCAUUGGGAAGUCUUACAUCUUGGUUAUGUAAUUUAACUGUAGGCAUGACAUUCCCACCAUUAAAUGCGAUGAUUGGUUCAUUAGUAUUCUUGCCAUUUGCUGUAGCAUGUACGAUUGUAUUUUUCGUAACAUUUUUCUUUGUUCCUGAAACACGAGGUCGUGAUUCGUCACAAUUAGCACCAAUGAUGGCUAAUGGUUUUAAGUCUAAAAUUAAGUAAAUCCUAUUAAGAUAUAAUUUUUUUUUUGUUAAAGUUCAGUAUUUUAGUGAUAAUUGUUAAGAUAUAGUUGGUAAGUUGUUUAUUUUUUUAAAAAAACCUGCCUUGUAAAUUAUGUAAAUUGAAAAAAAAAAAAAAAAAUCCUGUAUUAUAUUCUUAUAACUGUUUUAUUUAAGUGUACAAAGUUUUACAAUUAAAAUGAUAUGAUAAAGAAAA